UGGGAGCUAUUAAGGUCAAGGUCAUAAUCUUGGGAUUGAUGGUAUCCUUAUCAAUAAUGGUUCAAGGUGAAGACAAAGACAAGGAACACCCUCCAACUUUUGGGACCAUAAUCCCUAGUCCCCGAGAAGAAGAACUGAAUGAUACCACAACUGAAAAGACCCAAGGAGCUGAAGGAGAUUACCCCAAACCAGCUAUCCCUCCAGCUGUAAUAUCUGUAUUAGCAAGAAUGUACCUGAUCAGUAUCUACAAUGAAAUGUUAUCAGUGUGCACAGGAGUUUUCAUAACCAAUAUCUGGAUUGUCACUUCAGGGAUCUGCCUUAGCAAAGCAAAUGAUAAAUCCUUCCUAAAGAUAUGUCAUCAUCUCCCAUCUGCUGUAGACCCUAAAACCUGCCUGGAUACAACCUUUGCAACCAAAAUAAUCUUCCCAGACAAAGCCUGGUACAAUAACAUAGCUUUUGUUGAAACAGAUGGUUCCCUCAACGUAUCAACCACCUUGGGAUUCACUCCCAAAGACCAAAAACCAAAGUUAACAGAUUGUAUCAUCCUAGGUUUGACUUUUGAAGGAUCCCUGGAACAUGUCUACGCAAUAGUUAGAAGAGCUUGUAAAACUGGUUACUAUUGUGUUGAUGAUCCCACCGGCUGGGGUUGUGAUUUGUCUUUUGGAAGUCUUUUGAUCUGCUCAGGCGUACCACGUGGUAUAUACGCUGCACCACAUGAAAACUCUUGUCUGCAACAUUUCUUACUCGAACCUGGUCAACAUCCAGAUCAAUUUGAUUCAGAUAGUGAAAAAUUAGAUUGGGAUCCAAUUGAGGAGGACCACUGGUCACUUUUGUACUUCAUUAACUUUGAUGCGUAUCAACACCUGAUCACCAUGGUUUUAGAAGAUAAGUUUCAUGUCGUUGAGGAUCAGGAUGAUCCAGAACAUGAAGGUGAUCAUCAACAUAGUGAUUAAAUAAAUAUUUGAUUGUUUAAACAGACACCUGUCAUUUUUAUUUACUAAUCAAAAUGAUUCAUAAAAUGUGGGUUCUGCUCCUGUUGAUGAGUGUCCCUUGUGUGGUUUCUGAAGAUUUAAAUGUGAACAUUGAAAAUCUUCCUGCUGUUGUUGGAGAACUUAAUCUAAGCAAUAUUAAGUUUAAUAAAUCUGGUAUCCUUGAAGGAGAAAAAGCAUCAAUUACUCGACACCCAUAUGCACUCCGAAUCAUUUCCGUCUCCCUGGAAGAAGCCCUGAUGUGUACUGGAGCCCUGAUUGAUUCCCGAUAUGUCCUCACAGCUAAACACUGCGCAAGCCCCACGGUUCGAGCUGUUUCUGUUUGCUUGGGAUCAAGAUAUCUCCCUCAAAAGAAUGUAUGCAACGGUGUAAGGCGAUUCGCGCGGAAACUGGUUAUGUCCAACAGCAAUGAUCUGUUGAUUGCUAUUUUGGGGAAUAAAGUGUACAACACUUCAGUGACCAAACCCUUGAGACCUCAGGUCUUUCAACCGGCUGAUAUACAGGAAGCAUGUUAUGGUGUUGGUUUUGACCUGUUUAUACCAGGACGCGAAAAACCUAAGCCCUAUAUGCUAAAAGUAAACUUCACAGUGGUUCAUUAUGAUGAUGAGUUUAUCUAUGUUAGAUCUGACAAGCAGAAUGUUUGUCGUAGACACUCUGGAUUACCAUUGAUUUGUAAUGAGAAAUUUGUUGGUGUGGCCACGGAACCUCCGAAGACUGAUUGUUUAUCAGGGAAUGCAAUGGCGAAGUAUGUCAAUUUGAAUAGCAGCAUGUAUUUCAUCAACAAGGUGCUAUCAGGGUUUUAUGAUCGGAGUGAGGAGUUAACCUCUAAUUGGAAACUUAUUUUGGGAGUUGCUAUUUUGCAAACUUUACAAUUGUUUAAAAAGGGGAAGAAUGUUAAUAAGGUCAUGGUUUUGGGAUUGGUUAUGGGAUUAUUUUUGGGUUUCAUGGGUUAAGGAAGGUUUAUGGUAUCCUGGGAUGAUGGUACCAUCAAAUUUGGAGAAUUUAAAAUUGGCAAAACUUUUUUUAAAUUCACGAAAAUUUAAAGUGGAUUUGGAAUAUUUUUUGGUAGAUCAUCGGAAAUAUAAAGAUUUUGGGUCCCAAAAUGGUACCCUGGUCAUGGUAACCCCCUAAAUUCCCCAAAAUAAAACCAAUUCAAUAAAUUUUCUUAAACUAAUUUAUUUAGUCGUAUUGUUUAGUAAUAAUCUGAUCACGUUUUCAUGUUUGAUACAAAGUUAAUACCUGAGCGGCUCUUUUUAUAAAAGGUCAAAAAAGGUCGAAUACUGGAUACUUAGAAGACAC